UUAAAAUAUUUUUAUUUUUCAAUUUUUUUUCUUUUUUUUUCCUGUGUGUUAUCUCUGUGUAAAAAAGUACCUGUUCAGACAGGGAAAAUAAAAGAACCGGCCAGCGAUUUUCUGAAACCCAGUGUUUUUUUUGUUUUUAUAAACUUCGGGGAUCAGUUUCUUUUUUUAUUUAAAAAAAAAGAAAAUUUUGUUUGGUUGGAUAGAAAAAGCUUUUGAAGUACUUUGAUACAGGAAGAUGUGAACAGGUUCGAGAGGAACAGUGUCAGUGAAGAGUUUUUUUCUUUCUUUCUGGGUAGUGUACUUGAAAGUUAUACAGGUGAGACUAGCUUGGAGUUUCUGUUAAGUAUAAUUUAAUAUUUGCAUGGAGACAAAUCCGGGUGUUACAGUGAUCGGAGCAGAAGCUCCGUCGGCUUAUCAAAUGGCACCGAGGACCGAAAAUGCCAACCAGAUUGGUGGUGGCGGCUCGACAGCAGUGGAUGUUUCACCAGUUAGUGUUGGGUUAACUGGUAGCAUAGAAAAGAAAAAGAGAGGUAGACCUAGGAAAUACGGGCCGGGCGGGACAAUGGCGAGGGCAUUGUCGCCGAUGCCGAUUUCCUCGUCUGUCCCGCCCGGCGCAGGCGAUUUCUCGAGUGGUGGUGGAGGGAAGCGUGGGAGAAGUCGAGGUAGCGGUUACCAGAUUAAACAUCACAAGGGAAUGGACAUGGAGAAUUUAGGUGAAUGGGCUGCUACUUCGGUCGGGACAAAUUUUACGCCUCAUGUAAUCACGGUCAACGCUGGUGAGGAUGUUACGAUGAAGGUGAUUUCCUUUUCUCAACAAGGACCGAGAGCUAUCUGCAUCCUAUCAGCUAAUGGAGUAAUUUCUAAUGUUACACUUCGGCAGCCUGAUUCUUCGGGGGGCACUCUAACAUAUGAGGGUCGGUUUGAGAUACUUUCCUUGUCCGGAUCCUUCAUGCCUACGGAAACUCAAGGAACAAGAAAUCGAUCCGGAGGGAUGAGUGUGUCUUUGGCAAGCGCUGAUGGUCGUGUUGUAGGGGGAGGAGUUGCUGGACUUCUGAUAGCUGCCAGUCCUGUACAGGUUGUGGUGGGGAGCUUUUUACCGGGAAACCAGAACGACCAAAAGUCGAAGAAGCAGAAAAUCGAGUCCAUACCGGCCACUGUUGCACCAAACCCGAGCAUCGUUGCCGCACAGGAUUCAAAUGCGGAAAAAGAGGAUGGCAUGGAUGUAGUUUUGUCGCAACAAAAUUUGAAUGCCCUGAAACCAAACCUCACCACUGCUACCUUCCGGAGAGAAAAUUGGGCGACCGCCAUGCAGGAGCCAAGGAAUUCGGCAACCGAUAUCAACAUUUCUUUGCCUGCAGGUUAA